AUGUCUUAUCCUCCUAAUAUAGGAAGUGUUGACCUUGAAUCUGUACUUAAUGUUGGUCGCCGAACAUUAUCAUCAAUUGAUGAAACAACUUUACCUUAUCAACAAUAUCGACAUACAGACACAAUUUACUUAAAACGUGAAGGUAAUUCUAAUUCAUUAUUUUCAAUUAAUUCUAAAAUACUUAUGUUUGGUGAUUUACAAUUUUUAUCCAAUAUAUUUGAACGUUAUAAAUCAACUAUGACUGUUUAUGAGAAUUCAAUUGAAUCAGAUUUGAAGAAAACACAUUUAUCAGUCAUUUCUAAAGAAAAUGAAAAUAUUGAUGAGAAUGAUACGAAUGCAUCAACCAUUGUUUCAACAAGUCAUGAAAUUUCCACGUCUCCUCAAUCAUCAUCUACAGUAAAAGUACCAAGUAGUUCAAUUAGACGUACAUCAAUAAGUACGUUUGGACGUUCACAAAGAGCUCCGUCAAUAACUGGUGAUUAUUCUGUACAACACCUUGAAGAAUUACUUCAUGAAUCGAAUUAUUAUGAUGAAGAAAAUAUUCUUCAUCAAAAUUUUAUUUUUUCAAAACCACUACCCAAACCACAAACAUCUGGACAAUCAUUUCAUUCAAGACGGCCAUCAUUUCUUGGUACUUAA